CGGAUUUGCACGCACGGGGAAGUGCUGCAAACUGUAUGCAUGUUGUCCGCCUUUACUGCAGCGCAAAUGUACAAUAUCAAGCUUAUAUGAAAGAAAAAGUACCGAUAACCCAUUAUGGUGAAUAAGAGCCCUUUAUGGAAAAGGGUGAGGUCUUACCAUGGACCUGUUCCCAGGGCGAGGCACGGGCAUCGGGCAAUCGCCAUCCGAGAGUUGGUGGUGUUGUUUGGAGGUGGAAAUGAGGGAAUAGCGACCAACCUGCAUGUUUAUAACAGUGUGACCAAGCAGUGGUUUCUGCCAGCAGUAAGAGGGGAUAUCCCACCUGGAUGUGCUGCUCAUGGCUUUGCCUGUGAAGGCACACGGAUCCUGGUGUUUGGAGGCAUGGUUGAAUUUGGCAAAUAUACCAACAGUCUCUAUGAAUUGCAGGCUAGUCGCUGGCUUUGGAAGAAACUGAAGCCCCGGCCACCGAGGAACGCAUCACCUCCAUGUCCACGAAUUGGUCACAGCUUCACUCUCCAUGCCAACAAGUGCUACCUCUUUGGUGGGAUGGCCAAUGACAGCGAAGACCCAAAUGGCAAUAUACCACGAUAUCUGGAUGACUUCUAUGAAUUGGAGCUGCAAGCUCAGUCUGGAGUCAAAGGCUGGAACAUUCCAGAAACCAAAGGUGGAGGUCCAUCCGCCAGGGAAUCCCAUAGUUCUGUGGUGUACUGUGGGAAGGGUGGCAGUGCCCCAAAGCUCUUCAUUUUUGGGGGCAUGUGUGGGUAUAGACUGAAUGACUUGUGGCAGCUAGACAUUGAAACUAUGACUUGGUCAUUACCUCAAACCAGAGGGCAGUUCCCACUUCAUAGGAGUCUACACACCUCCAAUGUGAUAGGAAACAAGUUAUAUGUGUUCGGAGGCUGGGUUCCUGUUGGAGAGACAGAAGACACGCUCACUUCUGAUGGAGUCAAAUGGGUCUGCACCAACUCUCUUUCCAUGCUAAACCUUGACACACUGACAUGGCACAACCUAACACCAGAAGAACAUCAGCAGGGUCAUUCAGGUGUACAGUCGGUUGAAGAGGAAAAAGACAGUCCGCAUUGGCCGAAAGCAAGAGCUGGGCAUUGUGCGGCAACUGUCGGCAGUCGUUUGUACAUCUGGAGUGGGCGAGAUGGAUACAAAAAGUUCAAUAACUACCAGGUGUGCUGCAAAGAUCUUUGGUACCUGGAAACAGAGAGGCCUUCCACCCCUGGUGCGGUGUUCCUCGUCAAAUCCACAAUCAAUAUGCUGCAUGUUGCCUGGCGCCCCCUGCUUGCAGCUGACUGUUAUUUGCUUCAAGUGCAGCCCAUUACUUCCCCAUCCAUUGAACCACAGUCAAUACCAACUACCCCUCUAGACCCAAGACACGGGAAGGAAUCUAUACAAAAAGAUUCCCAGCCAUCUCAUAAAACAGGAAGUGUAGAUGCCAAAGUUGGAGGUGAGAAGGACUCUUCAUCACAGGAAAGCCUUUUGAGGCCUAAAGAAAUGGGUGAGGAUGGGGCAGACAACCAAUCAACAGGGGACAAUAGUAGAGGAGGAACAAGCUCUGCUUCCGAUGUCCCACUUACAAAACAGUCUGAAAGAAACACCUCUCCUAUCCCAUCCAAACAGAAUGAUAAUGCAGAGGACUCUGUGUGGUUUGAUGUUGGGGUGUUUAAAACGCUGUUCUGUGAGGUUACAUAUUACUUCCUGCCUUCUGAGGAUGGUGACCUGGCAUCAAGCUUGUCUGGUCAAAACUCAACUGACAGUGAGUGGAAGCUCCCGGGUCCUCAUAGUUUCACAGGUCGUGAGAAGCAGCAGUUGGCUUCAGGGGUCACAUACAAGCUCAGGGUGGCUGGACUGAACAGCUGUGGUCUGGGAGACUUCAGCCCCGUCAGUGAGUUUAAGACCUGUCAGCCUGGAUUUCCUGGGGCGCCAUCUGCUGUCAAAAUCACCAAGGAUAAAGACUCCGUGCACAUCACCUGGGAGUCUCCCACCUCUCCAUCUGGAAAGAUCAUGGAGUAUUCCAUGUACUUGGCCGUGAGGAAGAGUCGAGGGAACAACACAGAGCGACCCGGCGAUUUGGCCUUCAUCCGAAUCUACCGCGGCACCAAGACUUCAUGCACAGUCAGCGAAGCGCAGCUGAGCAACGCGCACAUCGACUGCUCGGCACGGCCUGCUGUCGUCUUUCGCAUCGCUGCAAAGAACGAGCAAGGCUACGGUCCGGCCACUCAGAUCCGUUGGCUACAAGAUGCAAGUAAACUCAAAUCCUCAGUGAUGCAGCAGGACUCUAGUUCUCAGUCAGCAGAGCCUGACACCACCUGCAGAUAAACCCUCAACCCUCAUGUGUCAGCCAGCUGCUUUAAGGACAGCUCUGUUUUAACAUUUUAAUACAAACCCUUUUGAUGGCUGAAACGGAUGUUAACUCAUGUCCACUUUGGACAUGGUGUUUAUGUCUUUGUCUUUUAAUGUUUUUAGCAUUUAUACUGUAGCUUUAGAUGUUCAGAAAAGCAAUGCCCCUACUGUCUUUGUAUAAUAACAGAUUAUCACAAUACACUGUAGAUAACUAAAAAAUGGUUUAUUUUUUAUAUUAAGUUUUUUUGUUGAACAAAAAUAUAAUACUUUUAAUGAGGCUUGUUGUAGCCACAAAGCAACACGUGUCUUGUAUCCUUUCAAAUCCCAAAUCCGUUUUUUGGGAGAAACAUAAGACCACACCCUUGUGGAAACUUAGCAACUCACCCAUUUUAAAAUGCAUGUAAUACAUUUCUUAGAAUAGAAUACAAUAGAAUAGUGUAUUUUCAGGAUACGCUUUCCUGUGCCUUAGUGUUGAACAUAAAUAUAAUGCAUGUUGAAUAUGCAAUGUCUGUCCUUUAUGGGUAACUCUGAAUAAGGAGUAAGACAAAAUCUCUGAGUUAAUUAUUUCCUUCAGAGCAUUCACUUCUGGGAACAUAUUUAGCCUUGUUACAAGCCUUUUACAGAAGGGCUUAUAGAACACUUCAAUUCUAAUUUUUGGAUUAAAUACUAAAUGUAUUAAUUAUACUUAGUAAUAUAUCUAUUUCAUUUACUUACACAGUACAGCUAGAAUAGUACAUCUACUAGGGGCUUUUUAAUAGCCCAUCUCUAAAAUUGUUUAUGCAGCUGUGCACUGGAGAUUAUACAGUGCCGUGAAAAAGUAUUUGCCUGAUUUCUUUUAUUUUUCAUACUAAAUUGUUUUAGAUCUUCAAACAAGUUUUCAAACAUGUUUUUUUUUUUUUCCAUCGAAGCAAAAAAGUUAUCCAACAUCUUUAUCACCCAUGUGAAAAACUAACUGCCCCCUUAAACUUAAUGGCUGGUUGUGCCACCUUUAGCAGCAACAACUGCAAGCAAACACUUCCGAUAACUGGAGAUCAGUCUUUCACAAUGCUGUGGUGGAAUUUUGGCCCACUCUUCUUUGCAGAACUGCUUUAGUUCAGCCACAUUGGAGGUUUUUCGAGCAUGAACUGCCCGUUUAAGGUCCUGCCACAGCAUCUCAAUUGGGUUCAAGUCAGGUCUUUGACUAGGCCACUCCAAAACUUUAAUUUAGCUUCUUUUGGGCCAUUCAGAGGUGGACUUACUCCUAUGCUUUGGAUCAUUGUCUUGCUGCAUAAUCCAUUUGCGCUUGAGCUUCAACUCAAUAACUGAUGACUAGAUUCUCCUUUAGGAUUUUCUGGUAGAGAGCAGAAUUCAUGUUUCCCUCAAUUAUUGCAAGUCACCCUAGCAAAGCAUCCUCACACCAUCACACUACCACCACCAUGCUUGACCGUAGGUAUGAUGUUCUUUUUGUGGAAUUAUGUGUUUGAAUUACGUCAGAUGUAACGGGACCCCUGUCUUCCAAACAGUUCCACUUUCGACUCAUCAGUCCACAGAACAUUCUCCCAAAAGGUUUGAGGAUCAUCAAGGUGUGUUUUGGCAAAAUUCAGAAGAGCCUCCAUGUUCUUCUGGGUUAGAAGUGGUUUUCACCUUGCCACUCUUCCAUGGAUGGCAUUUUUGGCCAGUCUUUCUGAUAGUGGAGUCAUGAACAGUGACCUUCAUUGAAGAGAGAGGCCUGCAGUUCUUUGGAUGUUGUCCUUGGCUUUUUUGUGACUUCCUGGAUGAGUUGUCGCUGUACUCUUGGAGGAACAGGCUCUUGGAGACUUUUUCCUCAUUUCUGGAAUUUCUUUCGACCUUGUCAUAGUGUACUACUGGGUGAGACAUUUUAGCCAACUUCAUGCUGCUGAAAAAGUUGUAUUUAGUUGAUUUGAUUGGCCUGGGUGUGUCUAGACCAGCUGAACCCCAUUAUGAAUGCAGUUUCAUAGAUUUGGGCAAAUACUUUUUCACACAGGCCCAGUUGGUAUUGGAUAACUUUUUUUGCUUAAAUAAAUAACAUUAUCAUUUUAAAACUGUAUUUUGUGUUUGCUCAGAUUGCCUUUGUUUGAAUUUUUUAAACAAUUUAGUAUGAUACACAAAAACAGAAGAAAUCAGGAUGGGGAAAAUACUUUUUCACAGCACAGUAUCUGGAUUAUCUUCCAUUACCAUUUCAUCAACCUAGAAAACUACAGAGUAUUCAUAUUAAGUAUCUACAACAUACAUUGUGCCAUGUAUAACCCUUCUCUUUUUGUGUACAAAGUUAUAAAUGCCAUUUCAGCAUCUUCCUUUAGAACAGACGACUAUGAUAUUUACACAUGCUUGUCAUUUUCCAUCCUCCAGGCCUUUUUAAGUUGCACUCUUGUAGACGGGAUGUACAACUGGUGCUAUUUUUUGAUAAUCAUCUAUUAAUGUCUUUCAUAAUUUUAUUCGUUCUGCUUCACCACACUGUUAACCAACAGUGUUAUUUAUUUUUUUUAUUUUGCUAUUUGUCACAACAUUUUGCUAAAAAGUAGCAUUUCCGUGCUAUAUUUUUGAGUAUUAGGUUAGAAUUUACUUUUAAGUAUUGUUGUAAAUUCUCUAUUGGAAACACUAUUUUCAAGGCAUACAUUUGUUCA